CCGUGCGCGCGUAGAAGCAGACGACGCUCUUGACUGAGCAGUUGCAUUGUCCGAGCGGCGUCUGUUCUAAGCCUUCCACCAUGGGAACCUAUUCCAUUUUCCGCUUGCUUCUUCAACUUUUGCUUACAUCUUCGUAUCUGACAAGCAUCGACUGUUUGAGCGAAGCUGAACUUGAACCACUGCCACAGUUGCUUCCACCACCACAACAACCUGUCCAGGGAUAUUUGUUCACAAUGCCUGGUACAUUACAAGCUGGUGCAACAGAGCAGUUUUGUCUCACACUUCAUGGUAUUACCAAAACCCAGACAAUAACAGUGUCAUUUUCAUUAAAAUAUGACAAAACAGGUUCCUUCGACACUCGCAAUAUGACGUUUACUUUCAAUAAUGGUGUGAGCCAGUGCAGAGAUUUUGAUGUAAUGACAUAUCCUGGCAAAUAUGAUGUUAUCUUGUUUAAUGAAACAAGUGCAAUCUCAAAGGCUUUUGAGGUGCAGAUCCAAAAAAAUAACCUCAUCACACUUGUACAGACUGACAAACCAAUCUUUAAACCAGGCCAGUUGGUUAAAUUCAGAAUCCUUACAUUACUCAGGAAUCUUCGUGCUCGAAAAGGGGAGAUUGAGAGCAUUUUUAUCAUGGAUCCCAAUAACUUGAGAGUGAAACAGUUCAAAAAUGUGGCAUCAGAUGGUAUUGCCAGCCUUGAAUUUCAACUUAUUAGUGAGCCCAAGCUUGGUUCUUGGUUCAUCACUGUUACAGUUGAUGGGGAAGAGACAAAGCAGGGGUUUGAAGUUGCAGAGUAUGGUGAGGAAACUGAUACAUGUAGCUAUACAUCCUGGCUCUUGUUUGCAGUCCUUCCUCGUUUUGAAGUUAACAUUCAGUCGCAGUCCUACUUCACUCCCACAACAGAAUUCAUCGAAGGCAAUGUAUGUGCAAAAUACACAUAUGGAAAACCAGUGAAAGGUUUCCUUACUUUGAACUUUUGUGCCAGGGGCUAUAGUUCUUUUGACCAAAACUGUGCAGUGAAAUAUACAGAAAUUGAGGGCUGCUACAAUUACAGCGUGAACAUUUCAGAGGUGCUUUCUCACUAUGGAUUUUCGUAUGGGAGAUAUUUUACAAUUGAAGCUUCUGUCCGAGAGGCAGAUACAGGUGUACAAGUGAACAAGACAAUUGAUGGACCACGAAUGGCCACUGAACAACUGAAAAUUUCUUUUUCUGAUUCAAGUAACAAUUAUUUCAAACCUGGGCUUCCAGUUUUUGGCAGAGUGAAAGUUGAAAAAGCUGAUGGAAGUCCAGCACCAGGUGAAGAGAUCCUUAUAGCUGCCAAUGACCAUAAGAAUGAUAUUACUUUGAAAAAGACUUUCAAAACUGAUGUCAACGGAGAAAUUUUCUAUUACAUUUGUCAUGGACUGAAGGAAAGUACUUCAUCUCUUUCACUUACGGCAACAGCACUUUCUUACAAAGAUCAAGAAGAUGUGGAUUACUACAGACGUAUGUACCAGCCAAGGGGUUAUGCAUCACUGAAGCAAUGGUUCUCACCAUCACUUAGUUACAUCAAAAUUCCAGCAAGAAAAGACAGCCUUAAGUGUCGGGAAAAUCUACAAGUUAAUAUUCCCUAUACACACGAUGGGUCCAAAUCUAAUGUUACAUUUUACUAUCAGGUAUUGUCACGAGGAAGAAUUAUUCUUACAGGGGAAAAAGAAUCUCCUGCUGAUUCUAGUCCUCUUGAUAUUCUUGAGCUUCCAGUUGACCUUUGUCUAGAACCUUCACCUUCUCCACCUCCUACCUCUGCUUCCAUUCAGCCACCACCUACACCAGAAUCAGAUGGGAGAUCAGAUGAACCUGAACCUUCAACAUCACCUGUUAGUGUAGAGUCUUUUAGCAAUAAUGCACCACUAGAGUCCAUGGAUGGUGAACAGCUUAAGUCUGAAGAAAUUGAUAGUCCUGAAGGAAGGGAUCUGCGUAAGAAGCGGUUUGUUUAUGGUAAUCCACCAAAUGAAACAGACAUAAUCGUACGAUCUGAGGUAAUGGCCAGUGAAGUCUCGAGUGUCCUUUUGGACAUUCCUAUUUCUGCAGCUUUGUCUCCCAAAUUUAGUCUACUAGUCUUUUAUAUCAGAGAUGAUGGAGAAGUUGUUGCUGACAGCAUGGACUACGUGGUAGAACCCUGCUUUGAAAAUGAGGUGAAAAUGCAGUUUUCUGAUGAGACAGUUUUACCUGGAGCAGAAACAAAAAUAAGUCUAUCAGCAGCACCAGGCUCUUUAUGUAGCAUUGGAGUUGUGGACAAAAGUGUUAAUAUUUUAGGUGGUGAUCAUCAAAUAACACCAGAAACGGUUUUCAAAAAACUUGGUGAAUACAGCCUCUCAAGAUCGGGGAGCUAUGACUACUAUGAUGAUUCUCCAUACUGUAAAGAACAAAUCCAAGCCAGAGAAAAAAAACGUGAAAGCCAAGAAGAAGAUGAUGAUGAUGAUGAAAGUAGAAACUUUUGGGAGUAUGGAUGGUGGUAUACUUCUGAGUACGUGGAUGCAAUUGAGGCAUUUAAGCGGAUGGGAUUUGCUGUCCUUACAAACCUAAACCUUGAAACUAGACCCUGUAAGCGUGAGCCCCCUGUUUACUAUGAAGAGCCAAUGACUUUGGAAGUUGAUUCCAGUGAAUUUUUGGCGAGAGGGCUGGGAGCUGUUAAUGGCCUGCCUGGACCUAUUGCUGUAACUAGUUCUGUGCCAUCUGCCCCUUCUUUACGCUCUUACUUUCCUGAAACUUGGCUGUGGGACCUGGUUUCUGUUGGGGAGACUGGUAUGUUGGAACUGAAAAAAAUUGUACCUCACACCAUCACCAAGUGGGUUGGAAACUCCUUGUGUACCAGUGGAGAAGCUGGUUUGGGGGUUUCUCCUUUGAUAUCACUCACAGCCUUCCAACCAUUCUUCUUAGCAUUUAAUCUGCCAUAUGCUGCUGUGAGAGGCGAGCGACUUCCAAUCACCAUUACAGUGUAUAACUACCUGGACAAGUGUCUGAAUAUGCUUCUUACAGUAGAUGGAAUGACAAAUUUUAAAAUACACAGUGCUCGUGGUAAUCGAGAUUCAUUCUGCCUGUGUGGAGGACAAUCAUCAACUAAGAAGUUUUACAUCACUGCUCAGAACAUUGGCAAACUACCAAUUUUUGCUGGGGCCGAAAUUACUUCUGGCGGUAACUGUGACAGUGAUGUUGUGAUAGACUCUCAGUACAUAGGAUGGAAAGAUUCUGUGCAGCGAGAAAUUUUUGUAAAGGCGGAAGGUGUUACUCAGCAGUACAGUCACAACAUCUAUAUGUGUGUUGAAGAGAGAGCACCAAAGGUUGAACAAAUGAAACUUCCCCUACCUAAUGACAUGGUAGAGGACUCGGCUAGAGGAGAAGUGACUGUUGUCGGUGAUAUCAUGGGACCAGCACUUAACAACUUGGAUGGUUUGGUAAGAAUGCCAACUGGUUGUGGUGAACAGAACAUGGUUGGAUUUACUCCCAAUAUAUAUGUCCUAAAGUAUUUAAAUGCUUCCAGCCGCUUGACAAACCAGAUACAGGACAAAGCAAAGUUUUAUAUGGAAACAGGAUACCAGCGUGAGCUGAAAUACCGUCACAAUGAUGGCUCAUUUAGUGCCUUUGGAGAGUCCUCUGGAAAAUCAGGUAGCACAUGGCUUACAGCCUUUGUUGUACAAUCCUUCGCUCAGGCACGUCCUUAUAUCUACAUUGAUGAUGAUGAUCUGGAGAAAAGCAUAAGCUACUUACGCAGAGUACAAGGAGAAACUGGAUGCUUCAUAGAAAGAGGACAGGUGUUCAGCUCUUACAUGCAAGGUGGACUUGGGCGAAGCAAUUCUGAAAAUAAGGAAGACAGCUAUGGUGGUACUUUGACUGCAUAUGUUCUUAUUUCUCUUCUUCAAGCUGGUAUUGACAAAAAGGAUUCUGUCACAACUAAUGCCAUUGAAUGCAUCAAUAGAGAACUGCAACGAAAUCCUAACAUAGAUACUUACAGCUUGGCGCUAGCUGCUUAUGCCCAUGUCCUAUAUGACCAGUACAGUCACCAGUCUCUUGAUCUCAUGAGCAAGCUCAAUAGCCGAGCUGUUGAUGAAGGAAGUGUUAGGUAUUGGAAGCGAGAAGGUGGCACCCCAGAGCCAGUCAACUCUUGGUAUUAUUAUGCUGCUCCCUCAGCAGAAGUGGAGAUGACAGCCUAUGCCCUUCUUGCAACCAUCCUUUUCUAUGGUGCAGAGAGUGUCUCUAAGGGACAACCAAUUGGAUACUGGCUGUCUAGCCAGCAGAGUGCUUUUGGGGGUUACUCAUCAACCCAGGAUACUGUGGUGGGACUGAAUGCAUUGUCCGAAUUUGCAACAUCUGUAUAUUUUGAGGGCCCCACAAAUAUGACAGUAAUCGUAGAGGGCAGUGGCAUUCAUCGUGACUUUCAAAUCCAGCCUGUCAACAGCUUAGAAUUGCAGAUUGAACCAAUGAAACAGAUGGGUUCUGGGCUGCGUAUUCAAGCUUCUGGUUCAGGGUGUGCUUUGGUGCAGGCAAAUGUGAGAUACAAUAAACUGCCCAGUAAGCUAGGUAUUCAUAACCCUAAGUUUGAGCUGAGUGUUGCGGCAAUGCCAUUCAGAUUUGGUCGCAACAGAUGUGAUCGUCGUUCGCUUGUUAUAACUUUUGGGGUGAGAGACUCAGAGACUUUCAGCACAGGAAUGACCAUGCUAACCAUUCAUACUGUGAGCAGCUGGUCAGUCAUACCAGAGUCUCUACGAGAGUUAUCAAGCCGAUUCUCCAUACUGGGCAUUGACAGAUAUGAAGUUAGUGAGCAAGGUGUCAUCACUUUCUACUUGGAUCAGCUUGACACUAGAACACGCAGCUUCUCACUAGACCUUGAGCAAGACAGAGAAAUGGCAGUCUCUGCUCCCAAGCCUGCCGAAGUUCAGAUUUAUGAGUACUAUGAACGAGACAUGACGGUAAUAGCAUCAUACACAAUUAAGACGACGUGUGGCACUAAACUGGAGAUUCCUUAUGAUCAGGCUGCAGAUCGAUCUCUCCCAUUUCCUGAACAAGCAAGAACUAUCAGAACCGGGACUUGAGGCAAUAACAGAUUUAAUUAAAACAACGCUUGUCUGCCCCAUAUGCAACUUUCAGAAGAUCCCAGACAACUAUGAGGAAAUUGUUUGCAAUUCAACAGCAGUUUACAAAGCUCUAUCAGGAAGGAGAGGUCAGUUUUCCUUGAAAAUUCUUGCUAAUCUCCGCCCCCAUGUGAAACAGAGGGAUCUUGAGCAAUUUGUUGAUAUCCGGAUGGACAAAAGAUGUAAUUGCUCGCUGCUUCUUCCACCAGUGCACAAAGUGUUCAUUGUGACACAGUCAGCAAAUCUGCAGAAAGACAUUUUGACUGUGGAUUCUUCCACGUAUGUAUUUGAUCAAAAAAUGGAUCGUUCUCUUGAAAGGAAGGCCCGUCAAGCGCAGAAAAAGUGCAGACUGAACUAGAGCAAAGUUGAGAGAGACUUCGCCAUGUGUUAUGGCAUGUAAUACUUUACAAUCAAGCAUAAAAGUAUUAUCCCUGACCUGACAGAUUAACAGUCUUCUUGUUAAUUCUGAACCACAAAAUCACUGUAGAAAAUAUCACAGUAGAUGAUGUGUGCAUGUUGUGUGUUUGGCUUGCUUGGUGUGGGAAGAGAGAUGAACAUAUGUAUCAGUAUGUGUAUUUGCAUGAAUGUUUCAGAAUAUUACAGAAAGGUAACAUGCUUGUCCACUAUACUCCCUCUGUUAAUGGAUUUUAAAAAAGAUCUCAAAGCCACAUAAUAUCUUUUGUAAACAUCAUCCACUUCUUGUAAUUUUUUCCUUUGAUAUUUUGGAAGUCAGUUCCCUAUGAAUUUUUCUAUUCCUCUUGCCUUUAAAAAUUGGAGAGAAUAUUGAAAGUUGUCCCUCAACAGUAAAUGUAAUAUUCUGCUUAUUGUUUUCUUUACCAUUGUAUCAUAUCACUGUCCCUGUAAUGUUUGACAGUAUGUUUAUACAUUUUUUGCAUGCAAGCUACUUUUCUAGCUUCAGUGGCAGUCCAGUGAAAUUCUUAUAUGACAAUGGUCACAUUAAUAUUUUAAUAAUGCAUUUUCACUCUAAUUGUCUUAUUUCAGUUUUUUUCCUUGUGUAUUACAUUCACUUACAGCAUGUUUAGAAAUGACAACAGAAAAUAAUAGUUCUAUUGAGGCGAUGCUUAUCUGCCCACUAUACUUGUACUUUUUUGUUUUGUUUUUUCGUUUCUUAAGAAGCAUGUUAGCGGUAAGGGGAAAAACACUUAUCAACAUAUUUUUUAUUAUUGCCUAAUAUUUUCUAUGAUUUUUCCAUGAUCAUCUACCUGGUAAAACUGUUCAAUAACAAAAUGUUUUCAAACAUAAUAAAAAAUUCAAAUUCAGUUUAAAAAAUGUUACUAUUUUGUUAUAUGAUAUUAACCUUUAUGAUAGUUUUAUGUGUUGUAGAUCACUAGCAUAUUUAUAACUUUUUACAAAUUCAAGCUGGCCCACACCUGCAGUAUUUUACCAUGUGCCAAUAGAUGCAAUGUAACAUAUGACAUUUUUAAAUUACUGGAACUAAUUAAAUUUUUCUCAUUUUUAAACUUUAUGCCACUAUGGUUUGUAAUAAAAUUAUAAACAAAAUGAAGGAGAAAAUGUGAUCUCAGUUCAAUUAUUUUGAAGUGCCAGUUUACCUUUGCAACAUGUCUUGUAUCUUAUGUGGUGCUGCUGUUCAAGGAUGUGAAUGCACAUGAAUGAUGAUGUAGACUAUUGAUCAUGUUCUGUAUAGACAUGUUCUGUGACAGUGACAAAUUUGCAUAAUAUAAAUGCCUGCUAUAACCAUAGACUGUAUAUCUCUGGAGUGCUGUUUACAGAGACCAACUUUUAGCCUCUUGUGAAGUUGUAGGCUGUCAGGUCUCAGCAAACCAUUUAGCAAUUUAAUAUCUGUGCUAUAACCAUCCAGUCAGAUUGCAUCAUUACAAAAAACGGCCACAUCAUGUAAAGUAAAAUACACACAUUAUAGAUGUAACAUGCAUAUGCACUGAAACAGCUACAUGCUGACAGCAAGCAAAUAAACUGUUUUCCCCUCCCUUCAAAAAAAAA